CCUUCCUUAAAACCACGUAUCUUUCGCCUCUGUUGUUACGGCUCUUGUGAAGACCUUUAAUCAUCUUCACGCAAACGUCAAACUAACCCUUUUUCCUAUUGCAGAUCCCGUAGCUGGACUGUCCGAAAAUUAGACACACAAAUGUGACCGGAAUCGAUAAGUGUCUUUGUAUGCACCCACCGGCAACUAACCCUUACGGCUAUCAAACAAGGUUAUAUCUCAUUAGGAAGAUCUAAUCCACACUACACCAGCAUACACGGCUUUCGCACAGCAGGGUAACCCGUUCCCGCUAGUAGCUUCUCGGUGUUUACUUUCCAAAAACGGAUAACAUAACCUCACACUUAACCGACUGUCCCACUCUUCGGAUGGCUUUGAAUUUCUCUGGAGGUUCGCUAUGCUUCCAGGAUACCCAUCCGGACAGUGAUGCUUCAAAGAAACAGGGAAAGAAAGCCACCGAGAAGUGUCCUAAUCCUUUUAAUGAAUAAUUAAGUGAGAAUUUGUUUUCCCCUCCUGCCGAUGCCGUGCGAAGAAAAUUAGUUUGUGGAAAAGAUUUAUUCGGGUUUAAUAGCAUCUUAAUGGGAAGGAGCAUUUCGUGUGCUUUCCUUCUCGGAACUUGAUUGUUCUUAAAACACCAGUGCGUAGGUGAUUCUUAAAAGGACCUUAAAUCUUGUACUGGUAAAGGUUUAACGAAUGAUACUAGAUACGUACAGAAAGCGUAAGAUGAGUCAGUAAGUUAUCCCAAAAAUAAAAAAAAACAAUCAAACAAGACUAUUGCUUUCAUGAAGCUAAUUGUAUUGCUAUGAUUAUACCAGAAUUUACUUAUCUUGCCGAGAGUGGACAAAAGCGUCCGAAGCCGUGGUUAUUCCCCCAUCUUCACAGCUUAUCUACAUGCACGAUCCAAUUUGCGUUCAAAUUGAUAGUACACAAACGGACGGAGCUUACAUACCCACACACGCUGUUCAAUAAACAACAAAAACUUAUGCCCGUGUACACAUUUUUAUCUCAUUUCAAAUAAAAAUUCCGAACGCCGUACUGUGAGUGAAAUACAGUGGCGCCAUCUAUUGAGCAAUAGCUUAAACUACUAGCUAACUGUAGCAAAGGGCGAUGAGAAGCUAUUUAAUUUUUUUCCUCUUAUCGAUCAGAAUUGAGCGUGACCGAGCAAUUAGCCUAUUUAACACCCUACACAUACCUAUGGACGUGUAUCACAAUAGGAAACAGAGUGAAAAUUAGCUAGCUUCUCAUGGCUUUGGCGAGCUGCAAUUACUCAUGACUUUAAGCUAUACUUUAUAGCCUAUACAGUCUCUCCUCGUAGUGUUUGCUUUCGUGUUACAAUCUGGUAGCAUUCUUUCUACACCGAGCCAUACGCCAUUAAAGGUCCCAAGUGAUACCAUCUUAUCAAAGAGCAGUUAUACUACGAUAAAAAAAGAUAUCACAAUUUACCUUAUUGUAGUUCACCCAUGUAAGGAAAACAGCUGUCAUACUUUUGCCACAUCUUCGGCAAGGGCAAUGGAAGUUGCGAACGAUAACAAUUUCGCAGCAAAUACCGUUCUCCUUCUCCUAUCUCUAUCUCUAGGGGGAUUGUAACACGCAAGAGGGACCUUUACAUGCGCCUCGGUUAAGCGCCUGGUCAGAUAUCGUUUUACAGCGAAGGUGAGAAGACUAACGUGCUGUCGGACAUCUCCGUACAUUGGUUCGGCGUAAUUUCAUACCCAAAACGGGACCAUGUGCAUGGGUGCAAAGUGAUACACAUACACGACGUCAGCAACAUGAGCGCACGGUACAGCACAAUUAGCGGGCUGCUAGGGUUCGGCGAACACAGUGGCAGCAGCGCAGCAUCCCCGAUGGAAAUUGAAGUACUACCGGAACCAGCUGAACCGACAGCACCAAUAAGAAGAACGCGUAAAAGAGAUAGCCUUCGCAAGAUCAGUGUACGCCAUCUGGUGAGCAAAAUAGAAACCCGUGCCGUCGAAACGUUGGAGCGCAAUUUCGGCGGACGGUUUUCAGGCCGGCUUCGGAAAGAGAAGCAACCGGACGAAUUUCCUUCAACCGCGUCCGGUUCGGGUGCGGUACAAUCAGCAGCAGAAAAUCCCACCAGCUCAUCGGCACGGUCCUGGUACAUGGUGCACCUGACGCCUGAAAAACGAUCCAAUCUUUCGGAUGGUACGGCUUCGGCUCUCUCACUCACCUCCAGCAUGGCUACGGACGAGGACAACGACAACAACGGCGACGACGACGUCCAGCAGGGCGUUAUCGGGUGCGAUAAGAUAAGCGCAGAUAGUGCUGAAUUUAGCCAUCGAUUGCCGAAUGACGAGAUAGCAGACAAUAAUCGAGACAUGAAAACUGCACCAGGCACACCCAGCAUUGAUCGGGAAGAUUCCGGUCGGUGGAGCAUUUGUUCUGACUUUGAAAAAGAUUCUCUACCGGACGUGGAAGACGUGUGUGAUACUUGGAAUGAGUUCAUCUAUCUCAGACUAUCUGAAGACAACAUUAGACAUUUAAACUCCUACAGCCCUGACUUUGAAGCAACACCAUUCGAUGAGUUCUAUCAACCAGCGGAAGCGUCGAACACGAUCAUCUCAUUACGGUUCACACCGUACGAGCUACAUCGGAUACUCCACGGACACGAUCUGACAGACGAAAGUGAGGAUGAGGAUGACAUCCAGUCCCAUUCCUCGCACACUUCGGCAAGUUCGGACUGUGUGUUUGCCGAUGCUCGUCUACAAGCGUUUACCGAUCCACGCACAACCCCUUCGGUAGAUUCCCUCGACGAAGGCAUUGCUUUUCGAGACAGCCCGGUGGAAUCGCCAGAGCCGCAUCUACUGCCAAGUGAUAUUGACAUUAAAAUCUCGUUCCUCAUCGAAGAACUGCUCGACACGGAGCGGAACUAUAUCAACACGCUCGAGAAAGGUAUCGCUACCUACAUCGACGGUGUGUUUAACGAUCACACGCUACCGGAGCUGAGUGGGAAAAAGUAUCACCUGUUUGGGAACCUACAGUACAUCUACCGGUUUCAUCGGAACGUAUUCCUACCGAAGCUGCUGACGGCGGGCAACGAUGUGGAGCACAUCGCCGACACAUUCGUGCACUUUCUCGACAAUGAAAGCUUUUACGGCUACAUACUGUACUCGAUGUAUCACCCCAAGUCGCAGCGACUAUGCGAACAGCACAUCGAGUUUUUCCGCGAACAUCAGCAGCUGCACGGUGAUAAGCUGGGUGUGAAGAGUUUGAUACUACAGCCGAUUCAACGGUUGCCUCGGUAUCAACUUCUGCUGACCAACUUGUUCAAGCAGCUGGUAAAGAAACCGGGCGCAAUCAGUAGAAACACCCAGCUGCAUAAGGUUUGCGUGGCGGAGAAGCGUCUUCAGACGCUAAUAGGCAUCAUGAAUGAGUCGGUUACGAUCAACGAUAUUCUGCAGUGUGAAAAGGCAGAGGAUGAUGAAGUGGAACUGGGUUUUGGAGUUCCCAAGCCGGCUAUCGUGCUCAAGAAUCAGAACCACGACAAUCAGGUGCUGUUUCUGUAUCCUAAAGACAAUGAAAAUGUUGACCACAAUAAGCCUAUCAAUAUCCUUCAUCAAGGAAAAUUCCGAAGUGCUUUCCCCGUGUUUAUUAACGACCCUCGACUAAAACGACAGUAUCAGGGCCGCCUGUUCGUUUUCGAACGUUGUGUGAUCUACGCCGAACAGCUCGAAAUGAAGUCUCUCAUGUACCGGGGUCACUACACCCAUCAGGAGAUUGAGUUUGACUUUAGCAACCGACAGAUCUUAAAGCUCUCCUCCAGGCGUCACGAUCGGUUAGAGAUUGAGGUGAAGAUUAACAUACAGAACCCGGGUAAAACGCAUCUACCGGACAUCAUGAUGGCGAUCAAGACGAUCAUCGAUCGAAGAGAUCAGCGGGAAAGCUUUGCAAUCGAUUGCAGUGGUGAUGCGCUGGCCGCAGUGCGGGACACCUUUGCCUGUCGGAAUUCAAGCUUCCGCAGUAGCAUCUCCAGCACGACCAGUGAUUCUAGUUUCUUCAGCGUAUUCAGUAGCCCUGCGAACAGUGGCAUCCCAGAGGAUGAGGAUGUUACCGCAGCUUCACAACGUACCGGAAGCGUCCUAUCGGACUGUGGCUCCAUCGAAACGAUGCUUCACUUUCAACAACACUUUGAGCGUACCCUGGAGGAGUGUACGAAUCUGUACAUUCGCACGCUACCGGACGAUGUGGCAGGACAGCUGGAGGAGAUGGUGGAGAUACUGGACGAAAUGUUGACCAUGCAGCGGGCCAUUAAUCACCGGUUGUUUGAGGAGGAAUACGAACGACUUAGUUUCGAUAGUGAUCUACAAUACUUUUGUAGCGUAUUUCAGGACUGUUUACGGCGCAGCGAGUUCGAUGUUUUUCUCCGAUACAUUGAACACACCAAGACGGUCGAAUCGAUGCUGAUGAGCUUCGAGCAGUACUCUAAUAGUCAGUCGAAAGGAGGCACAGCUGGUUCGGGGACAUCUCUCUCGAUUGAUGCCUUUCUCUACCUUCCGAUCAAGUACAUUAAUCGGUGUCAUCAAUUUUUAAGCGUUGUGUGGACGCAAAAGGAAGACGAUCGAAAAGAUAAUUCCGGGCUUAAGCAUGCUGAGCUGCGGUACGUACACGAUCAGAUGGCACUUAUCCAGCGGCGUGUGAACGAGAAUUAUCAAAUUCGUCAGCUGAUUAUGGAUGUACAGUUUCUCAACGAGAUUGGAUUGGUAAAGCACUCCGAGAUCGUAAAGUUGGAAGGAUCGUACGCACUGUUUCGUUUACUGCUCACAAAAACUGGCCUUCUGUGCAUGAAGAUCAACGCUGAACAGCAUAAAGUCGAAACGUAUAGCAGUGUCACGUUCUACUGUCCCUACACGAAACUGUCGGCCCGGACGAGUAAGCGGAACGGUACCGUCUGGUACGUUUAUUUGGACAGUCGGAAAACGACACUGAUCUUUCCUUCGCGCCACCUGCGUUACCUCACGGUCGAACAGUACAACACCCUGUCCACCCAGAUGAAGGCGAAGGAGCGCGAAAAGCGGCGAUCAUUUUUCUACGUGACCUGAUCAUGGUUUUUGAAGGUUCAGUUGUAACAGGACACCUGACACAUGGAACUCGUGAUACUAGUGUGAGUGAACGGCAGUGCCGUACGGUGAUGUAAUCGAUAGUCAGCAAUAAAUUAUUCCUUCAUUUCACAUACUA